UGCAUGUGUGAUCAAGAAUAAAUGUAGGUGUGAGGAAAGCUCAAGAGCUCCCAUUCUCAAUACUAUAAAUACCUGUAUUGCAACCAUAUCACCCAGCCAUCUUAAAUCACUAGUGCAGCUCUUCAUCACCAUGGCCAUAAUUCCUCCCAAGUCCCCUUCUGCACCCAUCAUUCUCUUCCUCUUCUUCUUCGUCGUCGCCGCCGCCGCGAAAUCUGACCGAUCAUCACCGUCCAUCCUGCGACCCGCGACUGGAUUCGGUAAGGAGAAAAUCUCCCACAUAAACUUUUACUGGCAUGACACACUAAGUGGUCCCAAUCCAACUACAGUCCUAGUUGCCAGUGGUUCAUCGGCCAACAAAUCGAGAACCGGGUUCAGUACAGUAUUUGUGAUCGACGAUCCGUUAACGGUGGGCCCUGAUCCGACGUCGAAGCUAGUGGGCAGAGCUCAGGGCAUGUACGCUUGCGCAUCACAGGAGCAGAUUGGAUUGAUCAUGGCGAUGAACUUUGCAUUCUUGGAUGGGAAGUACAAUGGGAGUACAGUUACAGUGCUCGGGAGGAACACUGUACUAUCGAAGGUAAGGGAAAUGCCAGUGGUGGGAGGGAGUGGGCUGUUUAGGUUCGCCAGGGGCUACGCCCAGGCUCAGACUUACAAGUUCAACCUUACAAGUGGAGAUGCUAUUGUGAAAUAUAAUGUUUUUGUCAUGCAUUAUUGAGGCUGAAGAGCUAGGCUGAAGUGGGCCAUUCAUUGGCACGUGCGAAAGUGGUGCAUCGUUUCACCUAUCAAGUGGGACCCACCGUGGACGGCCCCCCUCAUCUCGGUUGAAUCAUCAAGGUGGCCCCAGCUGUAUGAGAAAAAUGGGUGAAGGGACAGAUGUGAUCAAUUAUCUAUAUUGAUACAAUGGCCCACCUGAUGAGUGGAUUAGAUUAAUUUCAUGGUCAGGGCGUGUAGUGGUUGUCCCCACCAGGCGAGCGGCCCAAAUCUCACACGUGCGGCAUGAAUUGCCUCUUCAGCACGUAGCUCUUUAGUUAUUUGCAGUAACCAAAGCAAUGAUGCUAAUGUAUUUUGUAAUAAAUUCAUAUAUAUAUUAACGUGACACAGACGUUAUUUA